AUUUUAUCACCAAAUUUCAUGGGUUUUCCACUCCACCUCAUUCUUCAGCUCUUCCUGCUUCCCAUCUGGGCACCAGGAUCAGACUCUCUACAUAGAAUAAUCUAUAAAAAUAAUGAGACAGCUGUAUUUGGAGAAAACGUGACGAUUUUCUGCAAUUUAACAACUCCAGCAGAUAUUGUGCAAAUUACAUGGCAGAAGAUGCUAGGUUCUUUGCCACAAAAUAUUGGCACAUAUAGCAGUACAUAUGGAGAAAAGAUUCUUCCACCAUACAGAGAUCGGCUGCACUGUGAGGUCAUCGAACCCAAUUCCUCAUUCAUAACUAUUCGUGAAGUAACAUUUGAAGAUGAAGCCUGCUACAAAUGUCUAUUUAAUGUGUUCCCACAUGGCAGCCAUAGUGGACAAAUUUGCCUUAACAUUAUAGCUGUAUCUGAAAUAAAAACUGAACUCCAGUCCAAUCUUGACUCUGAAGAUUCUCUUAGAUUUACUUACUCAGCUGUGGGAAAGCCUGUUCCUCAAAUAUCUCUUUUCCCAUCAAAAGUCUUGAUUAAUCCACCAGAGGAAAACCUUGCUCAGAACCCAAAUGGCACAGUGACUAUCACUAAAACGUACAACGUCUCCUUGGAGACUGUGAGGUCCCUAAGUCUCCAACACCUGAUUGUGCACAUGGAUCAUCCUCUAAGGAAUGAAGAGAAGAUAGUUCCCCUGUCGGUCAAACAAGAAUGUGCUUCUCGCUCUCCUUAUACUCCGUUGUUUGCAUUUGCUUCAUUUGGUUUAUCCAUAAUUUUUCUAUGUGUUUCAUAUAUCACCUUCUAUUUUGUUCAGAAAAAGAAAAAGUUGGAGAAUGCAACUGAAAUCACACACCAUCUGAGACAUCUUGAGGGGGAAUUCUUAAUGAGUCAAUCUCUUCCUGCUCACAGGUAAUUGGCAGAGCCAAGAACUCAGAAACUUGUUAAAAUAAGAAGACUCCUCAUCAUCAAUUCAAGCGGGAGAAAAAAAAGUCACAUCAUGAAAGAAGAGAGCAUUACAGAAUUGGUGGCUUGAAUAUAUCAUUUGAUACUGGAUAAAUUGAUUGCUUGAAUAUAUAAUUUGAUUCUGGAUAAAAAAUAAACGUACAUUUGGUUUGUAAAGUAUCUAUUGGUGAAAGUCGGCAAUAAUAGUUUUGCAAGAAAUGGCUCAGAAGUGGCUCAACCAGUCAGCACCAAAUUAUCAUGUUUUCCCCUUUACUCUUCUUUGUCUACGACAUAUAAUUACCCCUUCCUUCUUUCUCAUAACCCCCCUCUGCUUUCCCUACCAGAACAACACUUUUUUGGUUUUCUGAAACCUGUGCUCCCCGAAUUGCAAUCCCAAGACCCCAAAUAAAAAGCCUUUGUUCUUU